ACGUUGCUGGGUAACACUGGGAAUAAAUAAGCACAAAAUAAUGAGCACACAGCCAUCACAAACAAAACACCCUGUUAAGCAGAUUAGUCCCCACUUAUCCCGCUGCCUUUAUUCGCUUUCCAGAGGCGCAGUGUGCACUAAGUUGCCUCCUUCAUCCUCUUCUUGGUUUAUGUUCGCAUUCCCCUCAGAAUUAGAGAAUCGGAGAACUGGGUGCGCAACAGCGGAGUCUGCGCGCCGUGAACGGAGAGGAAUCAGCAGAGCGCGGAAGAAUAAUGAUCCCGCUCCGGGAGAAUCGGAUUUUCUUUGCGCCCCGCAAUGAAUAAAUAAACAGGGCGGUGGGAAAAACUCCGGGCGGAUCGGUCAGUCGUGACCACGGGAGACUACGCAUGUAAGAUCGUCUCAUGUCAAUUCAAGUCAGUGCAUGAGAAGACCACCAGUCACCGUAGUCGCUUUCAGAAUGCAGGCGUGAGAAGAAACGUACUACGGCGGGGGAAUUAAAGUGUGACGACGGGCGAGUGAACGGCACCCCCACAACAGUCUUAAGGGCCAGGGAGUGCGCGCGACUGCAGGGCUCCAGCAUGUCGAACCGAAAGCACCGGGACAACCAGGAGAUAUGCGCCCGCAAGGUCCGAGAGCUCGCCCAGACGGGAAUAAACAAGCACUGCUUCGAGUGCAGCCAGCCCGGGGUGACUUACAUCGACAUCACCGUGGGCUGCUUCGUAUGCACGUCAUGCUCCGGAAUGCUGCGUGUCCUGGGCUCGCUUGCGUUUUACGUAUCAUUUCGUCAUGAUUUCAGGAGAGGGCUCAACCCACCCCACAGAGUUAAGUCUAUUUCCAUGACAACCUUCUCCCAACAGGAAGUGGAGUUUUUGCAAAACCAUGGGAACGAGGUUGGAAGGAGGACCUGGCUCUGCACAUUUGACCUCAAAACAGAUGGCUGUUUUGACGUGCGUGACACACAGAAGCUGAAAGAGUUCUUGCAGGACAAAUAUGAGAGAAAGAAAUGGCAUUUCUCGAAGAGCAAGAUUCGCAGGGAUGUGAACGAGUCCCCCUGGGGUCCAGGGGUUCAGGCUGUUCCAGUUCCACACGGUCCCGCUCAGAAUCAGCCUCCGCCUGGACAUCCUCUGAACCCCACUGCCCGACCCACUCGCAUGCUGUGCCAGUCCCAGUCCCAGUUGUCAAUAUGGGACAGAGGUCCUGCCGUCUCCUCAGCUGAUAGCUGUACUGAGGUGUUCACUGCCAGACCAACUCGCUCACAGAGCUUCAGAGAUCAUCCCAUUAAAGACACAUUGUUAAGUAGUGUGGAGAGACAGAGACCAGGAACGAUUUCUUCGGGAAUGGGACACCAGAAUCAUCCCUCCUCCUUUCCAGCCCUUCCACGUCCUUCAGCAAGUAGCACUUUCAAAAACAGCUUUACUUUAGGUCGCACUCUGUCAACUGGGGGUGGAGCUCCUUUUAGAGCUUUUCCUAAAUCGCUGAGUUUGGAUUUUGGGGGUCUAAGCCACGCCCACAGCACGCUAAGUUCUGCUGCUCCACCCCCUGUCACUCAGGAUAAGUAUGCAGCCUUAUCACAGCUUGAUAAAGUGUUCUUAGACAACACACCUGUCACAGCCAUUACAACAGCUCCCUCUGAUGGACCCCCUCAGUACAGCACCCUCUUCAGUAACCGACCGUCCUCAAGUUCCACCCCUGCAAGCUCUCCAGGUGUUCCAGAGGCCACCUCUGGAUCUCAAACAUUUGCAUAUUUCCCAAACCCCUUCAAUUCUACAGCCAGUUGCACCCAGCCUAUUCUGUCUCCUAGUAACCCCUUCAAAAGCACAGCCUCAGAUGAUGCCUCCUCCUCAGCUGUCUUUCCUCAAUCUGUCUCUUUUCCUGCACCUGCCACCCAAAGUGCUUUUUCACACCAACAGUCUAGUAACCAGGAAGCGAACGGUUUCAACUCAUUUCCUGCCCCAGAGUCUGUACCUAAAGUCCCACGACCAAUGUCUGUCAACCCUUUUACUGGGAAUGUUUACCCGAGCAGAGGAGCAUCACUGAACCCUUUCAUCUGAACCACCUCGGCCAUGGAGAAAGAGGAGAGCGAGUGGAGCUUGUUUACUUUGCCAUACCUACAGAAAACACCCAACACUUUUGUGUGCAUCUUCAUGUAUGUUUAAAGGUGUGUGCGUUUGUUAGCAGAUAUUGUACAUGUACAGUAACUAUUUGUACAUGCUUUGUUGUAUGUGUGCGCGCGAGUGUUGUUUGUACAUUCCCUUUUGUACCAGAUGCUAUAAAUUAAGAUGUGAUUGUGUGUGUGUUUGUGUACAUUUGUGUGGGUUUUGCCUCAUAUCAGGAAUGAGAACUUCAGAUGAAAGGUGCUUAUGAGAGCCAUUCACUCACAAACACACACACACACACACACACAAGCUGCUGCUUUGAUCUUUCCACACAUUAGAACUUCUCGUGCCAAUUUCACCCUAACCUGAGUGCCCACUUACUAUACUCAAACACUGAGGUCGACACAUUAUAAUAAAAUAGGAGCAAUUCAAGCUUCAGAUCAUCUCACUAAUGCGUUUCUCCUCAGUGCCGAUUUGGUUUAUUUGAUUCAGAUGCAUGUUAAAGAAAUGGCAUAAACAAAACAGGCAUUUCCUUCACUUUUCUGUCUGUGAAUGUAUGCCAGGCUUGUUUCUAUUUAUUUUGACAUUGACGUUUCAUUUAAAACGUUAAUAAGUAUUUGUGUGUGCAUUGUUGAACUGCAUGCGCUUCUCAAGCUGAGCAGGAAGCUGCUGAAUGUACUGCAGUUUCAGUUAUUAUGAGGGAAAAAAUGUUCCUUGUAUGGACCAAAAAUUGUCUAAUAUCGUCAAGUUUUCUGUAUAAUGUAGAAAUUACUUCUUUUGCAAAAGGAUUCAUAUAGAAUGUCUUUGUAUCCAGAUGUAUCCAUGUGCAUAAAGCUGUCCAUAACUGUUGUGUC